AUGUCCUCCACAGUGAACAACGGGGCCGCCAGCAUGCCGUCCCCGCCCGACGCGGCGAACGGCUUUCCGCAGCCGGGCGCUUCGUCGGGGGCCUGGCCGCGGGCGGAGGAGGAGCUGCGCGCCGCGGAGCCCGGCCUAGUGAAGCGCGCGCACCGCGAGAUCCUGGACCACGAGCGCAAGCGGCGCGUGGAACUCAAGUGCAUGGAGCUGCAGGAGAUGAUGGAGGAGCAGGGGUACUCAGAGGAGGAGACCCGGCAGAAGGUUAGGACUUUCCGGCAGAUGCUAAUGGAGAAGGAGGGAAUGCUCACCAGGGAGGACCGGCCUGGGGGCCACAUCGUGGCGGAGACCCCGCGGCUGAUCGAGGGCACCGAGCCGGACCUGGAGUACGCGCCGUUCGACGAGGACGACGGCCCGGUGGACUGCGACUGCCCGGCCGCCUGCUACCGAGGGCACCGGGGGUACAGGACCAAGCACUGGUCCAGCAGCUCGGCGUCGCCCCCUCCCAAGAAGAAGAAGAAAAAGAAAGGCGGCCACCGGAGAAGCCGCAAAAAGAGGAGACUAGACUCCGAGUGCAGCUGUGGGAGCUCCUCACCCCUGCGCAAGAGGAAGAAGAAUGUGAAGAAACACCGCCGAGACAGGUCUGAUUCUGGGUCCCGGAGGAAGAGACGGCACAGAUCUCGAAGCCCCAAGAGCAAAAGAAAAGAAAAGAACAAAGAAAGGAAGAGGCUACAUGCAGAGUCCCCAGGCCGGAGGUCGCAUCGCCACAGCAGCGGCAGCUCCCACAGUCCCUCACUGUCCUCCCAUUACAGUGAUUCCAGAUCACCUAGCAGGCUGAGUCCCAAGCACCGAGACGACGGGCGGAAGACGGGCAGCCAGCGGUCCAGCGGGAGCCGGUCUCCUUCCCCGUCCGGCGGCAGCGGAUGGGGGUCACCCCAGCAGAACGGCGGCAGCAGGCAGCGGAGCGGAGCUCACGGGGGCCGCCCCGGCUCGGCGCACAGCUCGCUCGAUAAGCCCAGCUCGCCCUCGCCCAGGGCCCGCGACCAGGCGGAGGCCGGCGUAGCCACGCCGCCCGCGCGGGGGAAGGAGAGCCCGAGCCCGCGCUCGGCGCCGUCGUCGCAGGGCAGAGGAGGCCACGCGGCCGGCGGGGCGGCCAGGCGGCGGCGGCGGCGGAGGCGGCGGCGGAGGCGGAGGCGGCGGCGCUCCCGGUCCUCGGCGUCCGCGCCCCGCCGCAGGGGCCGCCGGCGCUCCCGGCCCGCGCCGCCCCGGGGCUCGUCGCGCUCGCUCAGCAGGGCCCGCUCCAGCAGCGACUCGGGCGGCGACGCCCCCGGCCCCGGGCCCGAGCCCGGCUCCGAGCGAGGUCACGGCGGGCACGGGAAACGGGCCAAGGAGCGGCCCCCGCGCGCCCGGCCCGCCAGCACCUCCCCGUCCCCGGGUGCGCACGGCAGGCACGGCGGCCCGGAGGGGAAGAGCUCGUCGCGCAGCCCGGGCCCGCACCCUCGCUCGUGGAGCUCCAGCCGCUCGCCCUCCAAAUCCCGCUCGCGCUCCGCGGAGAAGAGGACCCGCAGCCCCAGCCGCUCGCCGUCGCCCAAGAAAACCGUGGGCCGGGACAAGGACGGCGAGGGCCGCGCGAGGCACGCCGAGGCCGAGGCCGCCCGCGCCCGGCGCCGCUCCCGCAGCUACUCGCCCAUCCGCAAGCGGCGCCGGGACUCACCCAGCUUCAUGGAGCCGCGGCGCAUCACCAGGUCCAGCCUGCUGAGUGGCCUGUGGCCAGCCUGGGGGCCGGGUGGACCCCUCUCCACAGGCUGCAGGGGAGAUGCCCAUUGCCCGAAAGCGUCCCAUCCCCUACUACCGGCCCAGCCCCUCGUCCUCCUCCAGCUGCCUGAGCAGCGACUACUCAAGCCGGAGCCCCAGCCCUGGCCACAGCCAUGGAAGCUACAGCAGCCGCAGUCGGACCCGCAGCCGCACUCGCAGCCCUUCCAGGACCCCCAGUCCCAGCUACCACAGCCGGAGCAGCUCAGAGAGCGGGGGCUUCUGAGCCCAGCAGACCCAGUUUCGUGCCCCCUGGCACAGGGAGAGGCGAGGGGUCCGGACCCAGGAGCUGCAGGGGGCCUGCACCCCACUGCUACAAGGAGGUCCCGGGUCCAGGGAAGACCUUGAGGGCGGGGGCCCUGAAGACAAAGAGGAUCUGGAUUCUGCUGCUUCUAGGGGGCCCCCGCCCUCACCUCCCGCUCGCCCACCACGGCCAGGGAACAAGAGCCGUUUCGAACACAGGGACCACCCUGCCCCGCUUCCUGCUUGAGGCCAGCUCGCCAGGCUGGGGACCUCAGCUCAGUGGACCCAGGGACACCUUUGACGGUGCCAGACCUGGGAGCCUCCCCUGCCACUCCAUAGGACCCUCAGCUCCUCUCUACCCCUGGGCGGACACGGAGAUGGGACAGCAAGCCGGAGCUAAGUUAGACAGGAGGAAGAAUGGCCUGACCUUGGUGCACCACCAUCCAGGCUGAGGAACCACUUCCUUCGAGCCGGCUGCAGGAGGACCCUGGCUGAGGGCUGGAGGCUGGCCCCAGAGCCUCCCCAGAUGCCUCCCCUGGCCCAGGAGUGCCCAGACUGGGUGGGCCCCUAAGCCCCAGCCUGAGGGUCCAGGGAGCUCACCCUUGGUCGCACCUCUCCAGCCCAGGCUCUCCCCUCCAGCCCUCGCCCCGUGCCCUGGGCCGAGGCCACACCAGCCAGGCCUUCUGCAUGACGAGAGGUGGGAUAUACAGACCACAGCUGCAUCUGACCCUGAGAUCAAAAGGGGUUCGGGUCAGGAGGUGGAAGGGAGAAGCGGUAGACGGAGGAGGAGCCUGUGAGGGGAAGAGCAAUGCAGUCGGCUGACUGAGCGGCCUCGGGGAGCCCCGGUGUGCCCAGUGGCUGGGACCUGGGCCGGAUGGCAGCAGGCCUAGGGUGACGUGCCCUUUGGGGCUGCCCAAGGGAGCAGGGAGCCAAAGGGAGCACUUCCUCCUCCUCUUCCAGAGAGGGGCGCUACACCCCUUCGAAGAAAGGGUAGAAUCUAGACGGAGGGCCUUGGCCUGGGGCAUGGACGGGGAAGCAGCGGCCCCCAGCCCUCUACUGCUGCUCCCAGCCCCCUCCUCCUGGGGCCCUCAGGGAUCUCACGAAGUCUUCCUUGGCCCAACAGGGCAGAUGCCCUGGGCUCCGGUGGGGGGAGGGGUCUGGGGUCUGGUCCGGGUUCCCCCUCUCUGUUUCCCCCUCCUUCUCCGCGGUGCGGAUAAAAAUUGGACUCUAAUAAAACACUUGGUGCCCGGAUGGCAGGUGGUGA